UAUCAUUGAAAACUUGGGAAGGUUGUUUAAAAGUUGUCACUGAAGCAAGAUAAAUAUUUGCCAGGCAUGAUCCCACCAUGCAAUGACAUGUAAGCUGUGUGGAAUGCGUUACUAAAAUAUAAAUGUUCUGAAAAGGAAACAAAUGCUAUGGGUGAGAAAACAAAGACAAAAUGGACUUGUGGCACCUCCAAAAGCAACAAUUGAAAACAUAUUGACAUGGACUGGGCUGAAUUCUCUUGUAUCUUCUGAGGAACAUAUUUGCAGCAUGCGCAGAUCACCCAAUAGGGCACUGCGGGUCUCGCUCUUGCGCCGGCAAAACCACGGGAGGGCGCGCGGGCUCGGGGAUGCUCGGGAACAAGUCCCACCAUGCUGCAGUUACCCAGUAUCCCCCGCCACGGCAGAGGCGAGCGGAGGGCAGCAGGAUUCCCGGGGGGAAGCACAGGGAGGGGUUUGGAAGGAGGGCCCCGAGCAGAGCGGGGCAGGGCGCGUUAUAGCGAGGGCGGCGGAGCGGUACAGCCGGCCGCCGCUUCGGCAGCUCGUCUCUUUCCGUCACGGCCAACCGAGCGUUGCCGAGCACGGCCGGAGAUUACCGAGCAUUGCCGAACAGACGCCCCGCGCGUGCGCCGUGUGUGUCCCAGCGAUGGCGGCGGCCCAGGCGGAGGCGGGCGGUGCGCGUUCGGUCAUGGCCGGGGCCGCGGGCCCUGCGAUGGGCGACGUGGGGCCCGUGGGCCCCGCCACGGCCGAGCUGGAGGCCGCGGGCCCCGCCGCGGACGGUGUCGAGGGCGGGGCGGGCGACGCCAUGGUGGCGGAGGAGCCGCCGGCGCCGCCGCCGCUGCCGGGGCUGCGGCUGGUGCAGCAGGGCGCCGAGGCGCACGUGUACCGCGGGCUCUUCCUCGGGCGGCCGGCGGUGGCCAAGCUCCGCGUCCCGAAGCGCUACCGCCACCCGGCGCUGGAGGAGCGGCUGAGCCGGCGGCGCAUGGUGCAGGAGGCGCGGUCGCUGCUGCGGUGCCGGCGGGCAGGGAUUCCAGCUCCAGUGGUCUACUUUGUGGAUUAUGUCACCAACUCCAUCUAUCUUGAAGAUAUUGUAGACUCAAUUACUGUUCAGGAUCAUAUUUAUUCUGUACAAAAGAGUGGAAAUGAUACCAGUGACCUCCAUAAGUUAGCAGAGAAGAUGGGUGAGCUGUUAGCAAGGAUGCACGAUGAGGAUAUUAUCCAUGGGGAUCUUACCACUGCCAAUCUCCUCCUGCGGCCACCCACGGAGAAGCUGGACUUGGUGUUGAUAGACUUUGGACUCAGUUUUAUUUCGGGUCUUCCAGAGGAUAAAGGAGUUGAUUUGUAUGUUCUGGAGAAAGCCUUCAUCAGCACUCAUCCAGAUACUGAAACGAUGUUCCAAGCUCUGCUAAAGACCUAUGCAGCCACGUCUAAAAAAUCUGGUCCUGUGAUCAAAAAGCUGGAUGAGGUUCGGCUAAGGGGAAGGAAGAGAUCCAUGAUUGGGUAGAAGAGAGUGGGGUUAGGGAUGGAGAAAUAGUAGGUUUUGCAAAGAGGGUUAUUUAUAUUUCAAGUUGGUUUUAUUUCACAGAUCACUAUUUUGAUAACUGUGUCUUCAAAUAAAUAAACUUGAAAGAGUUCUAAGUGUCA